CCUCUAUCACUGCUCCAACAUCACUAUAACUUCUCGACUCUCUUCCAGGCGUGGUGCGAGGCCACAUGGUCGUCAAUAGAACAAUUGCCCAGACUGGAAGAGCCCGACCACGAUGAGCGGCCGGUUCCUCGCAGCUGGUCUGCGGCCUGUAGCGGCGCGAAAUACCUCCACCGCAGCCGUCCGCCACUUACACCGAUUUCCAACUGGAGGGCUACUCCGAGCAGAUGCCUCGAUUCGAGAAACUAGAAAACGCAUGUGGUAUGGGGGCAACUCUAUCCACAACCUGGUCAUUGCUCGAAAUGCGUCUUUUGUCCGGCUUUUGCCCAAAUUGGUGGUCAAGUUUGCCAGAGUCCCUGCCUUGUUUGGCGGCUUGGCCAUUGGUGGCUUUGCUUGGGUUCAGUAUCAGGCCACACAGGCUGGCAAUUAUGCCAUCUCACUCUUCAGCACAACUUUUGACACAGUGAGCGGUACGGCAUCCAGCCUAUACGGAUCUGCCAAAGAUGUCGCGGAUCAAACACGCCAAGGCUGGGAAAGCACGAAAGAACGACUAGAGGCCCCCGAUUGGUUGAAGAACAUGCUAGGAAAGAAUGAGGAAACCGGCUCUGGCGGCUCAGGGGGACCUAAUGGCGAUCCUAAACACAGUAAAGUCGGCGCUGCUGCUGCCGUGGGUGCUUCAGCUGCCGCUGUUGGUUACGAGAAAACUGAAAACGACGAUUCGCGAGAUCCAUUACAAGCCUCCAAGGAUGAUCAGAUGAUGGUAUUAACGAAAAAGAUGAUUGAGAUUCGGAGCAUACUGCAAAAGGUCGGCCAGUCCAGCUCUCUCACUCUGCCAUCCAUCGUUGUCAUUGGUUCGCAAUCGUCUGGAAAGAGCUCAGUGUUGGAAGCCAUCGUGGGCCACGAAUUUUUACCAAAGGGAAGCAAUAUGGUUACUCGCAGACCGAUUGAAUUGACCCUGGUCAACACACCCGAGUCGGUUGAGGAAUAUGGAGAGUUUCCAGACCUCGGUUUACGCAAAAUCUCCGACUUUUCUUCGAUCCAGCGAACUUUGACAGAGCUAAACUUGGCUGUUUCGGACGCAGAAUGUGUCUCAGACGACCCCAUUCACUUGACGAUAUAUUCGCGCAACGUUCCUGACCUUUCUCUCAUCGAUCUCCCCGGCUACAUCCAGGUUGUGGGACAGAACCAACCCUUGCAGCUGAAGCAGAAGAUAUCUGAGUUAUGUGACAAAUACAUCCAACCACCCAACGUGAUUCUCGCCAUAUCUGCUGCGGAUGUCGAUUUAGCAAACUCGGCAGCCCUUAGAGCGUCGCGGAGAGUCGAUCCCCGAGGCGAACGAACUAUUGGAGUCAUUACCAAGAUGGAUUUGGUAGAUCCUUCCCGCGGUGCCAACAUUCUUAACGAUACACAAUAUCCUCUACGGCUGGGUUACGUCGGAGUUGUGACAAAGGCACCGCUCUCACAAGGCUUGUUCAAGAUGGGUUCUUCAGAUCUACUUGCAGCGAUCUCCAAGAAUGAAAAUUCCUACUUUUCAUCGCAUCCUCUUGAGUUUGGGCCAGACGCAGGCGUCAAUGUGGGCACAUUGAAUCUUCGAAAGACAUUAAUGCGUGUGCUGGAACAGACCAUGUCAUCUAGCUUGCAGAGCACAAGCGAUGCCAUUAGACAGGAACUGGAAGAGGCAACCUAUGAAUUCAAAGUUCAGUACAACGAUCGCCCUCUCUCUGCGGAAUCCUACCUUGCCGAAAGCCUCGAUGCUUUCAAGCAUUCGUUUAAACAGUUUACCGAAGAAUUUGGGCGCCCAGAAAUGCAUGAGGUUUUGAAGAGUGCUCUUGAUCAGAAAGUACUGGACCUGCUAGCCGCGCGUUACUGGAACAAGCCAGUGACAGAUUUGGCGCAGGCGAAGUUGGACCUCGACAACCUCGCUGACCUCCCCAAGUCCGAUCCCGAUUCUCUUUACUGGCGUCGUCAGCUAGAUGCUUCGACUUCGGCUCUUACGAAGCUAGGAGUUGGGCGCUUGGCAACCACGGUCAUCGCGGCAUCUCUCCAAGCCCAUGUUGAUAAAUUGCUGACAAACUCGAGUUUUGUGAGCCAUCCUUUCGCCAAGAAAGCCAUCACUGAUGCCGCAUCAACCAUUCUCAACGAAAGAUUCUACAGCACCAGUGAUCAGGUUGAAAACUGCAUCAAACCCUUCAAGUUUGACAUUGAGGUCGAUGAAAGAGAGUGGAAUCAAGGCCGCGAGCACGUUGGCACUGUUCUCAAGAAGGAGUUGCAAGAUUGCGAGGCUGCUCUGGCCAGCUUGGAGCCAGCUGUCGGGGGCCGCAGGAAGCUAAAGGAAGUAAUGGCCUUUGUGGACAAGGCGCGAAAGGGUGACAUCGUUGUAGAGGGCGAUGGGCGAAGCGGCGCGGGCGGCUUUAGCGCUGCCCUCCUGAGUAAAGGGAGAGAGGCUAUCUUUCUUCGAGACAGAGCCGACCUUAUCAAGAUGCGAAUGCUGGCCGUCAAAUCGAAGCAGUGCAACAAUCCUAAAAACAAAUAUUAUUGCCCGGAAGUCUUUUUGGACGCCGCAGCUACAAAGUUGGCUUCCACAGCUGUUCUCUUCCUCAACGUAGAAUUACUGUCAGAGUUUUACUACAAUUUCCCACGAGAGCUAGAUCUUCGUCUCGGACGGCAUCUAUCCGCAGAGGAGGUUGAGAAGUUCGCCAAGGAAGAUCCUAAGAUCCGUCGCCACCUCGAUGUCAUCCGGAGGAAAGAGCUAUUGGAAUUGGUCCUCGAGAAAAUGGAUAGUCUCCGGCAAUUAGAAGGAAGAGACAGAGACCAUGGAACGAAUUCAAGAAGAGGAGGAGCUAACAAGGACCGUGGACGAUGGGGGCUCUUCUGAGCCAAUCAUCACAAGACCCAGAUUGCAGGCAUUCUGCACAUGUUAGCUAUUGUAUACCAUGUUCGGCUAUAUGAGGUUGGAUGUGUGGUGAUGAUAGUUCUCCACUAAGUCAUGUUUACUCUUCAUCUGCAAAGUCCCUUUGUUUACGUUCCCGUGUAUAAAGCGCUAUGACCAUCCCCUAUGAAGACAUGAAUGACAGUUACGCAAUGAGAAAAGGAAAAGAAAGAGGGAAAAGGAAAGAGUUUUAGGAUUAGAUCUGAAUUACAGUCUAUUGAUUUAUCAAAUAUGUAUAUAUGUAUAUGUAUAUGCGUCGACGCAACUCAACCAUUUCGUUUGCAGAGUAUAACUCAGUGGAUUCACCAUGCAAUAAUCUUUCAAAUCGUAGCAUCAACAGUCGUUUCUAGAGUCACUUCCCACCUCACAUUGCCUCCGUUGCCAUAGCCUUCCCCUAAUCUAUUCUGUAUCAAAGUUGAUAUCCGAUUGCGCAGCUUUCCCAGUGCCAGUUCAUCAUAUCCAUUCGUAAUGAUGACUUUCAAGUUGGCCAUGCACAAGCCAUAGUGGACUUGCCAGAAUUGGGCACCGUCUAUGCGAGCAAUACCUGAUUCGGAUUCGAUUUCACGGAGAACGGCUGUGACACCAACAUCGCCUCUGUUGCCGCCAUAAGACAUGAGGAGCAUUAGUCCCUGGGCAACAGCAACACGCAUGCCCAAACUGAACAUUGCAAGAGAAAUAACGGCGCAGAUCAGCCGGUCGAGCCAGUCGUACAAGGAAAUAGAUAGCAAGGGCAACAAAGCAAUUAGGGCGGAGAAGAAGAGGGUGAAAAAGUGGAAAGGGUUGGAGAGUAUGCUGGGCAGGGUAGCCAGAUAUGAAACUCUCAUGACCUUGGCAAUCCGAGCAUGAUUUUUCAACCCGUAAGCGGACACAAGUGUACUCGCAAUUGCAGCAGCUGACACAAGAUCAAGAGAGUUGGAGGAGACAUGGUCGUGAGCAUGUUCAUGUUCGUGGUGAGCCUCGUGGUCUCCAACCGACUCGAGGAUGUGUUUUAGAUUGUGUGAGAGCAGGUCGAACCCUCCAAACAGGAGGAAAAUAGACAUAGCGAAGCCCGCAAGGAUCUCUGCUCGUUCAAGGCCAAAGGGGUGUCUAAUGCUGCUGCGACGCCACACUUCGAAAUUGCCUAGCACGUCGACCACCACGCAAACAGCAGCGCUGCCCGCGUCGAAGAAGACGAGGUGAGACAAGGCCAUGGCAGCAAGAGAGCCCCCCGACCUGUAGAAUAUGAACAUGGCAAUGGCGACAUGGCACAGGCCCCAGUAGAGACGCAUGCGCUGGUCUCGUUGUAAGCUCUUCCAGGCCUCUUUUAAGGUGGGCGUGGGGAGCGAUGCGGGGAGGACGGGAGGCGGUCUUGGAGGCGGCUCUUGGAAGAUUUGAUGCUGGGCCGACACGCUGCUAUGCUUAUACCGGUGCCCGCG